AUGUCCAACUGCCUCCUCACCUGCCAGGCUGUUCACCUGACUCACCUGGCUUCCACUGGGGCCCUGCCCAUGGAUUAUCCUUCAAGCAUGCUGGCAGAAAUGGAAACGAUGGCUUAUGUGACUGAGAUCAGGCUGAGCGGAGGUCGGGGGGCCUGGAGCGGAGUGGCUCCCUCCUCCUGCCCCGAGGUGGACCUGGAGGUCAUCGAGGAGUACCUGCAGGAGCACUCACUGGACGUGCAGCCCGCACACACACCUGCAUCGCCUCCGACCACCGUGGAGCAACAAGCACACUCCCACCAGGGCACCAGGAUCAUAGAAAACAGCUGGUCAGGUCAGCAUCCGUACAAGUGGACCUGUGGCCCUUACACUCCAAAUGAGGAAUAUGAAGAGCAGGCCCCGCCUCAAGCCUGGAUUAGUCCUCAUGAUAACCAAUGGGACCACAUUGCAUUUUUCUACCAGGCACAUGAAUCCAUCGACUCAGACUCACUGUCCAGUAGCUCCCAAUACCAGGAAUACCAAGAUUCCCCGUCCCCGUCCUCUGACAGGGGAGACAGGAAGGACAGAGACUCCCUGCCUCUUGUCCCACUUUCAGGAAAGAGGAAGGAGCGUUUGUUCCAGUUCCUGUUCGAGAUGCUCCAGACUCCAUCGAUGCGGAGCUGCAUCUGGUGGGUCCAGUCCUCCUCCGGCACGUUCCAGUUCUCCUCCCAGAACAAGGAGCGGCUAGCACAGCUGUGGGGCCGCAGAAAAGGUAACCGCAAGACCAUGACCUACCAGAAGAUGGCGCGGGCUCUGAGGAACUACUCCCGCACCGGAGAGAUUAAGAAGGUGAAGCGAAAGCUCACCUACCGGUUCGAUGAGAAGACCCUGAGAUGCCUUCAGGGAGACUCUAAUACAGUGUAGGAGGCAUGAUCGAGAGUGUGUAGGAAUAGAUAUUCAGAUGGUUGUCCCCUUGACUCUUUCUGUUGAUUCUAAUUCUAUGGCAUGUAAAAAAACAAAUGAAUACUGAGUAUUUAUAAAGCCAGAAGAUGCAGGUCAGACUGGUAUGAACAAAUAUGUAAAUCUUAAAGGUUAUAACAUAAUAUCUACUUUAUAAGUAGAACUUAAAUCAUUCUAAAAAAUAAAAUGUGUGGGUUUCUGUUUUUUUGUGAUUCUAUAUUGCAGAUUCAACAGAUAUAAAAUCAUUUUUCAGACUUGUUAAGAAAAUUAGG